ACAAGGAUAACUGUGUAGAAUUUAUGGCUUAGCACCUUGAAUUUUGGGCCCUAGCUGAAGACAUCCGGUGUGUCAUAAAAAGUUUCAGUUCCGGCCACCUGGCAGCACUAUGUGAGAGGAGAGGGGGCAAUCCCUGUGAUCUUGUUGAAGCCUUGACUUUGUGACAGUAGGUUCCUAGCCUGAUGGUGCCUGGGGAUCAGCUGUCAACCUUCCCCAAGGCAGGGUGUUCUAUAGACUUGUUGCAGGUCAAGGCUGCCCUUUCCUUCUCUUGUGCUCAUUCAGAGAAGGGAGCAAGAGCUAGGUGGUGCAGGAUCCCAGUGGGCCCUGAAACAAGGCUGUGAUUGGCCUGAGCUGGACAAUGCCACUGUGAUGUCGGCCCACAACCACUGUGAAAUGCAGGCUCCUGAGCCCUGGGGAUCAGUAGAGCUGCUGUCAAGACAGAUCAUGAGUGGCGGGUAUGAUCUCAACCUCUUCGCCAGCCCUCCUGACUGCAACUUCUUGUGCUCUGUCUGCCAUGGAGUUCUCAAGAGGCCAGUGAGGUUGCCAUGCAGUCACAUCUUCUGUAAAAAGUGCAUCCUCCGGUGGCUAGCCAGGUACCACUUACCCAAGGGGCUGGGAGGGGGGAAAGGGGAAUCUCAUCUUCAAAGAGAACCAAGUGCAGCUUGGGGUCCAGAUCUGGAUGAAUUUGAAUCAUGGCCCUAACACUUACUUGCUGUGUGA